AUGAAAAUCACUGACGCGUUUCAAAAGGCGCCCAUCCUGGCCACGACUACCAAGACAGUUGCUAACGCUUCAUUCGACCAGUCGGCCUGGCUCAAUGGCCUCAAACCGGCCGAUAAGGAGCUACUGGACACGGAGAUCACCCAUAUUCACGACUCGUGGUUGCCACACCUCCACAAGGAGAUCAGCAAGCCGCAAUUUCUCAAUUUGAAAAAGUUUCUGGCCUCCCGAGAAGCUGCCGGAGUGAACAUUUUCCCGCCCAAAAAGGACAUUUACUCAUGGACCAGUCUUACUCCUUUCGACAAGGUCAAGGUGAUCAUCAUAGGACAAGAUCCCUAUCACGGCAAGAAUCAGGCUCAUGGGCUGGCCUUCUCCGUCAACCCACCCACUCUGCCGCCGCCGUCCCUCAAAAACAUGUACAAGUGUCUCAAGAACGACUACCCAGACUUUGACGUGCCUGCCAAGUCGGGUCUAUUGACCCCGUGGGCCGAACAGGGUGUUCUAAUGCUCAACACGGUGCUCACGGUUGAGGAAAAGAAGGCCAAUGCGCACAAAGACAAGGGUUGGGAGGCCGUGACCUUUACAGCUCUGUCAGCGGCUGUCAAACACAACUCUGGCUGUGUGAUUUUGGCGUGGGGAAGCCCUGCUGCCAAAAUCGCAGACAAGAUGAACAUUGACAAGAGCAAGCACCUGGUGCUCAAGGCCGUCCACCCCUCGCCAUUGUCGGCACAUCGAGGAUUCCUCACGUGUGGACACUUUAAGCAGGCCAACGAGUGGCUUGAGAAGCGGUACGGUCCAGAGGGGAUUAUCAAGUGGGGUCUUGAGGGUAAGACAGUUGGCAGUAAGGGGACUAAGGAGGCCACCACUGACACGGUCAAGGAAGAGCUUGCUAAAGAGUCUAUCAAGGAGUCCGUUGAGACAGUUAAGGAACCUACUGAGCAGUCGUCAGUCAAACCGACAUCUGCGAAGUCCACAGCACCACCAUCAUCACAAGAAAAGCUAGACCAACUCCUGUUGUCUGUGCCUGAUGUGGAUGAUGACGAACUGGACGAUAUCCUGCCUCCCCCCAAGAAGCAAAAGGUGUAA